AUGGCCUUAAAAUUUAAUUCUUUUUCUAAUUUAAAAGUUAAAAAAUCUGUAUGUAUAAAAUAUUUAAAAUUUUUAUUUUAUUUAAAAAGAUAUAACUUUGAAAAGAAAUGGAAUAGAUAUUACUGUUGUUUAUUUCAAACAGUAGAUGAAAAAACAACAUUAAAAAAGUUAGCUCUUGAUAAAUUUUCUAAUAAUCUUGAAAUAAUUAAAAACAAAGAAUUUUUCUUUAAAAAAUAUGUUUCUUAUUUAUUAUCUAAACCUAUCAAAAUUGCUUCUUUUGAUUUUGAUGGAACAUUAAUUAAUUCUCAUUCUAAUAAUCACCAAAAUAAUUUAUUAUAUGACAAAAAUGUAUUAAACACUCUAUAUAAUUUAAAAAGUGAAUAUAAAAUAAUUAUUUUUUCAAAUCAAACCAACGUAUCAUCGUGUGUUAAUGACUAUGAUCACUUACGAUUUCAGAAGUUACCUAAUUUCUUUAUAAAAAUUCAGAAUUUUAAAAAUUCUUUAAAAUAUUUUUAUACUUUAUUCUGUAAUACAAAAAAAAGUAACUUUUCAUAUUUAAAUAAUUCAAAUAAAACAAAAAGUAAACUUUAUUUAUUCUUUUUGAAUUUAAAAAAUAAACUUGGGCAUGAUGAAUACAACUAUUUAUGUAGAAAAUAUAACUUCUAUUUUUUUAAUCAUAUCAUAUUAAACCAAAAAAAAUAUAAUUAUUUAGAGAAAAAAAAAAGAAAUUUAAAGAAAAAUAUAAAUAAAAAGUUUUAUUUAAAAGAAAAUUCAAGGAAUAACAAAAGAAAUAGUUUUAAUUUUAUACAUUACUUUUUUUCAAUUGGAAAAUGUGGAAUUGAAGAAAUUGAUAUUUUUACGAAACCGAAUUGGGGGCAAUUCGGUCUAUAUAUUUGUUUAGAAGCAAUGAAAUACUUAAUAAUUUUAAAUUUUUAUUUUAGAGAUUCUUUUGAAUUGCUAAAAAAGGAUCUUUCUAACCUAGAGAAUGAAGAACUGAGAAGUUUCGUACUUCUUAGUAUAGAUAUAUUUAAUAUUGACGAAAUACGAGAAUUAACAAAAAACAUAAAAAGAAAGAAUUUUUAUAUUGAUAAAAUGAGUUUAAGAAUAUUAGAUAUAUAUGUAAAUUUCUUACUAAAAAAAACAAAACCAUACAUUCUUAUAAAGCAGAAAUACCCAAAUUCAAUUUUGAUUGAUUUUUUUUUAAAUGAUCAAAUUAAAACUAUUAUAAAAAAUAAAAAAGAAAUAUGGAACUUAUUAAAUGACAAUGAAAAUUUAAAAUAUUUAAUUUUCUGUUUAAUGUAUAAAAAUAAAAUAAUGAAAAAUUUAAUGAAACAUUUUUCUAGUUUAUUGUUUAAUUUCAAAAAUAGUUUUUAUGUAGGUAAUAAUAUUGGUCGCCAUUUUGAUAAGUCUGAUAUAGAUUUAAAGGUAAUAGAUUAA